UCUACUCGCUCGCGCUCCCACGGGAGGAGGGGCUGGGGCUGCCAUGGCAGAAGCGGCGAAGCUUCCACGGGUCUCCGCCUAUAUAUCCCCCCCGCCCCGCGCAGUGCCGGCCUCGAGCUGCUCGGGUCUUGGCGUGGCGGGUUUGACUUUCUGACUUGGGGAAGGGGAGGCUUCGAGAUUGUCGAAGGAACUCCAUUUUGUGGGGGAAGACGAACGCGAAGAACCCCGUUGGUUGGUCCUGGUUGCCGGAGAAGGCGAGGAAGGGGAGCGGAGGGGAGGAGAGGAGAGGAGGCGGCUUGCUGUUGGAUUCUGAUCCCUCUGGAGCUGCUGCCAUCGAGGAGGUGGCACAAUGAAGACACCAUCGCUGCUUGUUCAGUGUUUCCCUGGCUUGCUUCCCAGCAAGGCCACUAGUUGUGUGCCAAUUGUAUCAGAGAAGGAUCUACAUCUAUCAUCACCAGCUGUCGAGAUAAUCCCAUCAAAGAGUGCUCAUCCUUACAAAUAUGCUGGAGAAAAGGUUGAUGUUCAAGGUCUUGACAUUUUCAAAGGAAAGGUCAGUGUAGCGGAUAUGAUAGCCUUUUCCCCUUCUGAAGUAGUAGCAUCCAAAUAUGAUGGAUCUCUGAAAUAUUGGGAGAGUUCCAUUACUCUUGUCAACAUUAUUAAAAAUGAGAUCCGUGAUGGGCAGUUGAGCUUCAGGGGAAAGCGGGUUCUAGAGCUUGGAUGUGGAUCCGGUCUGGCUGGGAUUUUUGCCUGUUUGAAGGGCGCAUCCACAGUUCAUUUUCAGGACACAAAUGCAGAAACAAUAAGAUGCAGAGCAAUACCAAACGUGCUUGCAAACCUUGAGCAGGCUCGGGACAGGCAGAACAGACCGUCAGAGAGCCCUGUUACACCAUCACGGCAACUGUUAGCUCCGAAUGUACAUUUCUACGCCGGGGAGUGGGAGGAGCUCCAUACAAUUCUCUCAGUUGUACAGCCACCUGCAGUGCCAACAAACCUUAGCUUCUCCGAGGAUGACUUUAUGGAUGGCUGCAGUAGCCAUGAUGGGAGCAGUAUAGUUGGUCAAGACAAUAUUCCCAGGCGAUCCAGGAAACUUUCUGGUAGCCGUGCAUGGGAGAGGGCCAGUGAGACCGAUCAAUCAGAUGGAGGCUAUGAUGUAAUUUUGAUUUCUGAGCUCCCCUAUGCGGUGAACUCUCUGAAGAAGCUCUAUGCCCUUAUCACAAAGUGCCUGCGGCCUCCAUACGGAAUACUGUAUGUGGCUUCAAAGAAGAACUUGGUUGGUUCCAAUGGCGGGGCAAGGCAGCUCAGAGCUUUGAUGGAGGAGGAGGGUGUCCUUGGUGGCCACUUCUUAACCGAGGUAUCUGACAGGGAGAUUUGGAAGUUCUUUUUCAAGUAACUCACAAAAUUCAGGAACCGAGAAGGGGAUGAAACGGGUCCUGGCCUCGUGACACGAUUUUUUGAUGUCUCCUCGCAGCGCUGUACAUACCGCAAAAGCUUAGUUCCAUUAAUUCUUUGGUAAUAUAGGAUUUAAGAUGUGUGCCUCGGUGGUGUUGUGCUUUGAAAUGUGCUGGAAAUUCCACCCUUAUGUAGAUCUACUAUAUGUGGUGUUGCUAAGUAAAGAAAUCAAUUGUACUGAACCUUUUAUAUCCCGAAAAAUAUACGGUGAUGGCAUUAGUCAGAGCAUGAUACCAGAAAUAUUUACAGAUUGUUACUCGCUUGGAC